ACCAAAAAAAACAAAACAAAAACUUAAAAGGAAAAAAAAAAAAAAAAAAACGGAAAAACGAAAAUGGGUUCCCUUCCUCACAUCAUCGAAGACUGCAUGGGCGUCCUCCAACUCUACAGCGACGGCACCGUCUCCCGCUCCGACGACAUCAACUUCCCCUUUCCGAUCACCGUCGACACCUCCGUCGUCUUCCGCGACGUCCUCUACGACGCCUCUCACAACCUCCACCUCCGCCUCUUCAAACCGGCGGCAACCUCCACUAACAAAAAAUUUCCUAUUCUGUUCUUCUUCCACGGCGGCGGGUUCUGCGUCGGCUGCCGAUCCUGGCCGAACUCGCACAAUUGCUGCGUUCAGCUCGCCCUAGGGCUUGAUGCUUUAGUAAUCGCACCUGACUACCGUCUGGCGCCGGAGCACCGGCUGCCGGCGGCGGUGGAGGACGGAGCGAAGGCGAUGGAGUGGGUAAGAAAGCGGGAAGAUGCGUGGAUUGAGGAGUUAGCGGAUUUGGAAAGGGUUUUCGUGAUGGGAGAUUCGUCGGGAGGUAACAUUGCGCAUCAUUUGGCGGUGAGGAUUGGAAUGGAGAGUGAGAAAUUUGGAGUACGAGGAUUUGUUUUAAUGGCGCCGUUCUUCGGCGGAGUUAUGAGAACCAAAUCGGAGGAAGGACCGCCCGAAGAAUUUUUCGAUUUGGAGGCGCUUGACAGGUUUUGGAGGCUAUCAUUACCCAUAGGAGAAGAUAGAGACCACCCAUUGGCAAACCCAUUUGGGGCAUCAAGCAUUAGGCUUGAAGAAGUGAAUUUGGAGCCCAUUUUGGUGAUAGUUGGUGGAAAUGAAAUGCUGAAAGAUAGAGUGGAAAACUAUGCAAAAACACUUUCACAAUUGGGAAAGAGAAUAGAGUAUGUGGAGUUUGAGGGAAAACAACAUGGUUUUUUCACUAAUUCUCAAGAUUCUGAACUGGCUCUUCAAGUCAUUGCUAUUAUCAAAAAAUUUAUGCUUCAAAACUCUGCCUGAAAUUUCAAAUCAAAUAAUCUCAUAUACUUAAGAGAUUACUUUAAAUUUUAAGGGUUGUUUUCUUGUUUUGUGUUGGUUUUGGGGUUUGGAGUUAGUUUGCUAGAGUUCUUCCUAAUUUUGUAUUCACUUGCUUUUGAUUUUACAAGGUUUUAAGAACAUAUGUAAUUAAUAUUGUGAAAAGGAGUUGAGUAUUAUAAUAUAGGAAAGAAUCGUAGUGCUGAACUCUGAUUCUUCAUCAGUUGGAAUAACCUUUGAGGCUGCACAAUUUAGCUAAAA